UUGUUGUUGUUGUUGUUGUUGUUCUGAGGAGAUGUCUCUAAGGAAGGUGUUCCGCUCACGGAAAUUCUCGAAAUCGUUCAUGGAGGUUAACGCUGCGGUAGCUCCUAAGGUGGAGGGAGGGGAAAAGAAGGAGGAGGCAGGGGAGGAGGGGAAUGCGUGGUCGGGGAUGUUGCCGGAGCUGCUGGGAGAGAUUAUAAGAAGGGUGGAGGUGGAGGAGGAGCAGUGGCCGCAGCGGCAGAACGUGGUGGCGUGCGCCUGUGUCUGCAAGCGGUGGAGGGACAUGACGCGUGAGAUCGUUGGACAGCCUCAUAAUAACGGCAAAAUCACUUUUCCUUCAUGUCUUAGGAAGCCAGGUCCACGUGAACUUCCCAACCAGUGUCUGAUAAAGCGAAACAAGAAGACCUCAACAUUUUAUCUAUAUCUUGCCUUAACACCAUCAUUCACAGACAAAGGGAAGUUUUUGUUAGCGGCUAGAAGAUACAGGUUUGGUACCCAUACUGAAUAUAUAAUAUCACUUGAUGCCGAGGACUUAUCCCAAGGAAGCAAUGCUUAUGUUGGAAAAUUAAGCUCGGAUUUUCUUGGCACCAACUUCACAAUUUACGACAGUCAACCACCCCAUGCUGGUGCAAAACCAUCGAGUGGCAGGUCUAGUCGCCGUUUUGCCAGCAAACAGAUAAGCCCUCAAGUUCCUGCUGGUAACUUUGAAGUGGGGCAGGUCUCCUACAAGUUCAACCUCUUGAAAUCAAGAGGGCCAAGGAGGAUGGUUUGCUCCCUCAAGUGUCCUGCAACACCGUUGGGAGAAACUUCAGAUAUCACAUCAUUGGACGGCAACAAGACAAACAGUAAAGAUCAAGCUACUCCUACCUGCACAGUCUUGAAGAACAAAGCACCAAGGUGGCACGAGCAUUUGCAGUGCUGGUGCUUGAAUUUUCAUGGCCGUGUGACAGUAGCAUCCGUGAAGAACUUUCAGCUGGUUGCUACGGUGGACCAAAGCCAACCGGGAGGGAAAGGAGAUGAGGACACGGUUCUCCUGCAGUUUGGCAAAGUGGGGGAUGAUACUUUCACCAUGGAUUAUAGGCAGCCCUUAUCUGCCUUUCAGGCAUUUGCCAUUUGCUUGACUAGCUUUGGCACUAAACUGGCAUGUGAGUAAUAUAUAGUAUGUGUCAUUAUGCUUAUUUAUUCCGUGGAAUGUUGUACGUCAAUAGUUUAUUUUUGUUUAAUAUUUUUUCCCCGGCUGAGUCCAUAAAUUUGAUUUCAGGAAGCUUGUUGUAAGUAAAUGUUGUUAUAUUAUCAAUAGAACAUGACAUCUUCCAUAAUGAAAACAUGUUGGUCCCUUCCUGCA